AUGGCUACUUCCUCGUUGAAAAGCACCCGGAAAACGUACAGCUUCGAGGAGAGGGAGAUUCUGAUAGCGCUGAUAAACAAGUACGAAGAUAUCGAGGAUAAGAGGUCCGAUCCGAUAUCGAUGUAUAAACGAAAAUCGGCAUGGUCCCAGUUGGCCAACGAAUACAACUCGAUGGUGGGUCCGCAAGGAAUUCGCUCGGCCGUACAAUUGAGGCGUUGCUGGGAAAAUAUGAAAGCGUGUAAACGGAACAGGGAAGAGAAGAAAUUGCGUGGUAUAUCUAAAAGUUUCUGUCACAUAGCGAAAGAUCACGUGCGAUCUAAAAGCUGGGACGGUAGGAAUUCAGUGCCGGAAGUGACCGGAACGAUUGGUUUACCGCCGAACGUCGUGUUCGAGCCGAAAGAGUCCGAACCGUUCACGCUGCAAAGCGUUUGCACUGUAAAACCUCCAAGACAAGCGAUGAAAGAAGAAAUUAAUCAGAAGGAUUCAGACUCCGCUAGUGGCAAAAUAGAAUCUGAUUCGUUACCGAACGGUCCGACGAUCGACUGCCUCGAUAAAUCCACCAACGAGAUGGACUCGUUGUCAGAGCAAUUACACAAGGACGAGACAGCUGAUAAGAGUCAGCUGAUCUUUAAAUCGAACGCGACCCAAACGUUGGUCUCGCCUUCGAUUGUUCACGAGCAGCCUCGUAGGACGAAAAGAUCUCUUCACAAAGAGGAGGAUCUGCACGUAUUGGCUCUGUCUGAGGCACAGAUGAAGGUCGACAUCGCUGCUAUGUUGAAAGAGGAGGCCAGGAUUAAAUUAGAGGAGGCUCACUAUCGUAAGGAGGAGGCCAGGCUAAGGAUGCUCCUCUUUACGUACAAGCUCGAUAGGAUAAAAGAGGAUUGAUCUCCAGAGGAUGCAAUCUUCCCCGUGCAAUGGUCUCUCCUCUUGUUUGUCUCCUCAUUUUUAUAGAAAUAUGUAUCACGCUCAUGUAGGGACGAAUAGUAUAGAAUUUCUGUUGUAUCUGUUUAUUGUCAUAGCAAUUCAUUUUUAACUACAGUUGAAAUCGUAAUAAAUAAAAACUCAUACGCUAGUCACUUAAGAUAUGCUGAUAUCAUUUUUUAAACAGGUAAUUUCUCCCUAUGUAUGACGUUUUAUAUAAACGAUGCAACUUAAAAUUAAAUGUAUAAUUCAAAAGAAUUUCUUAAACAGAGACGUAGUUAUGAGAAAUAAAAAAAAAAAAGGAAGCUUCGGUAUUAUUUAUGGACAUGGCAGUCGUAGCUGGCAAUAAGUAGGUCAAUUUGACUAGUGAAGUAAAAUAAUAAGGAGAAACUAAAUGACAGAUCACAAGCAUCGAAAUGAGAUCGAUAUCUAUUGAAAUAGACUGUGCAAUGAAAAUUUGAAUAGUGAAUUUUCGUACAUGAAUAUAAUGCUU